AUGAGCAUCGCCCACGAAAAAGAACUCCACAUCAAUGAAAAUGGUGUCUAUCCAGUUGUCAAAAAACUCCCCUCCCCGUUAUGCUGCUUUAAAGUCAUGCACAUCAGGACCGGAACCCUGUGGAUUGCGUACUGGGAAAUUAUGUGGAUAGUAUCUCAAUGUUCGUUUUGGACAGCAGAAAGUAUAGUUCGUCAGGCCUUUCCUCCAUAUGUUAUAAUUGCCGGAUUCACGUUUACUUGCAUUCAAUUAGUUUUGGUGUUUUUCCUGAUCCAAGGAGUCCGGACGUUCGGAUUAGCAUACAUGGAAGUCUACAUGAUAGGUGUUUGUUGUAGAAUGUUCAUGUUCCUGUCGUUUUUCUUGACGCUGUUAUUCUUUUUUAUCAUAGCAGAUGACAACGACGAAGAAAACUCGGAUCAAUUUUUCCACCGCUUCCUGAUCAUAAAAAUGAUAUUCACGUGCGUCUACACACUUCUGAAGGCGUACGCUUUGUACACCGCCUACCGGUGUUACUCAUACAUUGCGAAAACGCGACGCGCUAUUGUGCAUCUCACAAUUUUCGAAGAUCCUGGCAGAUGUUUCUCUGCCGAAAUGUGUGACUGCGGAUACAUGAAUGAGGCCGAGAUUGUCACGGAAGACCAUAUUCCUCAGAAUAUAGCCCAAAAACUUCAUACCGUAAUGAACGAAACACUUGCGACUCCCGGAAUAUUUGGGAGCCAUCAGAAAGUCUACAUGACCAUUAUGUCAACUGGUUUUGAAAUUAAAAUUCGAAGAACUACAACAAAAGUGGAAUUCGGAAAACUUGUCGUAGUUUACUUGCAUGGUGCAGCCGAUGUGCUUGGAAUAGGCUUUUACCAUAACAACAGCAAAGAGAGAAUGAAGUUCACAAUAUUGAAAAUGAACAGCACAGAGGAAAAGAAAGGAAUCGCUGUAGCUCUACUGAGGUGCUGCGCUCGUAAAUAUGUAGGAAACCCAACGGAUUUUGAAACAUUCUUUUUUUAA